UUGAUCACCUUGUCACCAAAAUCAAAAGUGAACAAUCUGAGCAAGAUCACACUUGGCCCUCCAAGUGAGUUUGAUCUUACGUCAAAGACGGUGGACCCCAAACUCGUGACCCGCUCUUCUACCUUGGCAGCACCAGAUAAUUUCACAAUGACCGCAAUACCUGGAAAAGGUCCCGUCCCUCACUCUAGUUUCAAUUUGGAUGGAGGCACACAACAGAAUGGGGUAAGCACCAGGGGUGACCUGGAGCAGGAGAUAGUUCUGUGUCAUAAAUCACGGCCAGAGCUGAUGUCUGAGCACCCUUGGAGGCAAGCUGAGAACGCUGCCGAAGUAUCAAGUUAUACAAGAGCGCAAGUGUGGUCAGGGGAUGCCAGCCUCCAGCAGACAAGAGUCCUGGGCCUAGGUGAUGGAUGUGUCAUGAAGCCAGAGGGGAAUGCUAACGAGAUCCAAGGUGUUGUGGCUCACUGCUGCAAGGGGAGACCUGGCUCUAGUGGGAGCUCAUUAGGCAACGUGUCCCACCUUCAGCAUACAGGGGAAACGAGCUCCGUGUCUGUCCCCCAACAAACCAACACCCUUCAACUCGAGGAAAAUGCCUCUACGAAUCCAGAAUUCUGCUGUCCAGCUGAGGAAGCGAUCUUGGAGGCACAGUUGAUCUUUGGAGACACAAAUGAUUGUGGCUGUUUGGACAAGUCUUUAACACAGGCUAAAGUCUGUGUAGGGGAUGGAGUUCAAAGCUCAAGACUGAGUGCCUUGGUCAAUAGAGUGAGUUGGAUUGUUAAAGAUGCAGGGCAAUUCCUUUGGAGCCCAUCUACGCUAUUGCAGCAGUUGGAAGAGGAAAGAAUUAAGCAUUUUGUGAGCCACUGGGUCAAUCAUCUCAUUUCUAAAGUCAAUGGAAGCAAGGUCAUGUCUGUAAUUGAUAGCCAAGUCCUCUCCCUAGUAAAAAGUAAUUAUGUCUUUUCAUGUUUCAAGAAUAGUGGUAUUUAUUCAAUGGUCAAAGACCUACCACUGAUAAAACGGGUCCAGAUGGAAAUAAUGGAACACCUUUGGGCCAAAGAGGCUAAGAUGCAGGACUACAAUGAUCAACAUGCCUCACCACUCAUGUUGUCUACACCGAAAAUCAUUCAAGCGGAUUGGAACCCAGAUGACCUUCAUGAGCAAGAAAUAGUUCAUGUUGAUUUAGUACAGGAGAAAGAAACACAUGCUGAGAUGUUACCACUGAAUGACACGAUUACCCAUACACCAACAAACAAGGAUCAGACACCAGAUGUGGCUGUCAUUCUGGAAAGAAAUAAGAUGAAAAGUUUUUGUCAACCGCUGAUAGAUUUUCCCGCUGCCCUUGUGAACCUACAAAAUCUCUCAUUUCAACACUUAAAAACAUCUUUACAGUCAGUCCUAUCCAGCACAGCGUUGGCUUCUGAAAAGAUUUUAGCUCUCUUUUGGUUAAAUGUAGCUAACAUUAGUCAACCUGAACCCUGUCCUGCUCUCCUCGUCCUCUUGGAAACGGAAUUUUUGACAUUGACUGCACAAUCUGAGCAGCUACUAUUGUUCCACCAACUUCCUUACUCGCAUUUGAAGGAGGUACACGUAAGCUUUUCAGGCCAUGGCUUGCGUUUGAUGGGAGCUACACAGGAAAGCAUCCUGGGUCUUUACACUCACAGCAAGACGCUUACCCAAGAGGUGUGCUGGGCCAUACUCGAAGUCCUGUGCCCUGGAGACAGCCGGGUCACUGAGCAUCUGCUGUUUAAUGAUGACUGGAGGACAGUCGGGAACAGAUUAUCAUUGGACUCACAGGCUUGUGUCGUACCUGACCUUCUGUUGGAUGCCGGUCUGAGGGUUUGCUGCCAGUUUCAGAAGAGUCUUGCAGAUCUGAUUUACUUUCUUUAUUGUAACAUGGAAGAAGGAACGUCCGUUACCAUUGGGGAUGUGCAGCUUUUAUUGUACACAAGCGUAAAGGUCAUCUUAAAUUCCAGUAGCUGCAUUGAAAGUGUGUGCCAGCUUUUACUUACUGAAACGCACAUUGGUCUGGUGCAGGAAGAUGUUGUCUUUUAUCCAACCCCGAGCUCAGUCACCAUUAGUCCCUGCCAUCGUCAAUUCCACAACUUGACUCUUCGUCAGCUUGCGGAUGUACGCUGCGUGGUGUUACAUGAAGACAAGAAUGGAGAUGUCAGUGUGGAUUUAAUCUUUGCAAUUAUGAGCGCUCGAGGUCACCCUGAAAGUGUGACCAAAGUAGCCACCCUGUCCGCACUUGCUUUGAAUUCAUCUCCACAUGCAGAGGUGUGGAAAUUAACUUUCCCUUGCUCCACCGAGGCAGCAUGCCUGAUUAAUUAUUUGUCAAGUGUCUGAUCAACAACUGGCAGACAGUAAUGAGCUGAUCAGCUUGAAGACACGUGGAGAAUUGCAAGGAACAUUACACCCACUUUUGGUGUCUGGUUUAUUCUUUUCAUGAAAUUGACAUUUUAUACCACCUGACUAGUAGCUUGUAAAAUUUUAAAGCCCACAUUUUGUUUUACCUACCACCGCCCACUUGUUUUACCAGAUUAUGCAGUGAUGCUUGAGGUGAAAUACUUGAGUGUUCCAGUUCAGUUAGAUAGAUUUUCUAAUUUUAAGUAUUUUAAUCAUCUCAAAUACAUGUUAAUGUUGUCAUUAUGUACUUGUCAAGUUAUGUAUACUAUUUAUGU